AUGUCGAUAAUAUUAAAAGACGACGGUGAACUUAGUGGCUACCAAGUAGUUGGUAUGCCCAAAGAUGGGUCUUGUCUCUUCCAUUCAAUAUCUUUCUUAGUGUAUGGUAGAACUGACUCAACUUGCAGUAUCAGAUCUGCUAUAGUUGCAUACGUUGCUGACCAUUGGGACGAAAUGCAAGUGUACACGUGUAAUGCUGAUGGUGACGUAUACACUAGCGCGCAAUCCUACAUGAGCGAUAUGAUGAAACCCACUACUUACGGCUCAGCUUCUGAGCUUAUGGCUGCUGGAAAAAUCUAUCCUUUCACUUUUGAAGUGUAUGAGAACGGUAUACUAAGAGGUUCCUUUGGCGAUGCUGGCCAAAAAAAGUGUUUACGUUUUACCGGUAGUUACUUAAGCGGCCACUACGAUGUACUCAUUCCUAUACGAGAUGCCUCUCCAUCUUCUUCCCCCUUUCAUCCCAUAACAUUAAAUUCUGUAACAUCAGAUACUACUAUAUGUACAUUAUAUGACUUAAACUCUACGCAAAGUGAAGUGAACAUGAAGCAUAAGGGAAUAGGCGGUAGACCGACUAAAACAAAAAAAGGAAGACCUAAGGUAUCCGAACUGUCACGAUCUGAACAACUUCGAGAAGCCGCGGCUCGUUACCGACAAAAACACCCUGAAAAACGUCGAGAAACCGUAGAACUUUAUAAUUCUUUACAUCCAGGCGCCAACCGGGCAUCUGUAGCACAGUACAGUGCUUCACACCCUGAAGUAAACCGGGCAGCUGUAGCACGCUACAGUGCUUCACAUCCGGAAGUCAAUCAGGCUGCAGUAUCUCGCUACCGUGCUUCACAUCCGGAAGUAAACAGACAAAACUUAGCGCGAAAGAGAUCUACUGACAAACUAAAGUUUAAGGGAAACAUAGAAACAAUCACUAGAGUUCUUACAACUAAACUUAAAGAUAGAUUAGAAUCAGAAAAAAUAGUUAAGUGGACUCUCCAUAAUUGGCAAAGAACUUUAGAAGAUUUGAACAAGACUGCAAAUAAAUUAAAAGAAAAAAUAGUAGCGGCAUUAGAGAAGUUAAAAAUAUGUCCUGAAAGCACGGAUAUUAAAGACAAAUUUGAAGCAUUUCUUGGUAAAUCCGAACAUCGCAGUAAUCAGGAGCCAUUUUAUUCUGAACAAGCUUAUAAGGUUUAUGAAGAUAAAGAAAAACCUAUUGAGAUUGAUGAUACUGGCAAAGCAAAAACCUUUACAAAUAUUAAGAAAAUGUCCAAAAGUCUGACAUGGUCUUGUUCGGAUUCAUUGUGCGUAUUAAAUGAUGGAAUCUUACUAAAAUUGAAAAACAUUUUCGAAGUAUUGAGCCUCCAAACUACUCCGCAAAUUUACUCGAUGUCUGUAGAAACAGGAAAACUGCAAGAAAAUGUCAACUUUAUUAAUAACGUUAAAUCGCAUUUCCCACAUCUUCGGACUAUUAUCAGAGAGAUUUAUCAAAUACACAGCGAUUGUAAGUUAUUGCUUGAUAUUGACAAUUCUUUGGCAACUGGUAAUGUGGAUAAGCUUAUGGAGCUAGGAAAGCAACCGACGGUAGGAAGUGCCGUUGUAGAGCGUACACCUGAUAGUGAAAUCGUGGAAGAUGAAAUAAUAAAAAGUAAUAAGGUUGCUUUUAAAUUAUUUUCCAAAAAAAGUGUAGACACACCGAAACUGGAUUGUAUGUCGUGCAAUAAACUUUGUUACUCUAGGGAUAUUAGUUCCAUAGAACGAUUAAGAAAGCCCAUAUCAACAGAUGUUUGGUAA